AGGUCCUGUGGAAGUUUAUCAAGGCAGAAGUUGCGAGUAUUCUAUCACGACUGGAGCGGUUGAAGAGUCUUGUGAGUAUUUCGCUUGAGAUGGACCAUUUGUAAGUCGUCGAGGCAACGGGUCGAAGCAUGCUUGCUUAUGGUAUCAAAGCAAACUAUCCGAAGCGAUUAAGGAGGACACUAAAGUUAUGCGAAAUGCUAUCCCCUUCCUUCAAGCAGAUAUCGUCACCAUCCGGGACACUCAAAGCCUGCAAUGGGACGCCCAGAAGCUCCAGCAGCGCCAGACGAUGCUGGAUUGGCUAUCGCCGACAGACUUCCCGGCCCAGCAACACGAUAUUAUCUCCCGAAGACAAGAAGAUACGGGGCAAUGGUUUAUAGACUCUCCAGAGUUUCAAGAGUGGUCGCAGGGAGCCAAUCGGACGCUAUUUUGUCCUGGCAUCCCUGGAGCCGGCAAGACUAUGAUGACAGCUAUUGCUAUCGACCAUCUCUGUAGGACGGUGCAGAGUGAUAACGUUGAAAUUGCUUACCUGUUUUGCAGCUAUAAGGCGAAAGCCGACCAGAGCGUAUUUAAUCUGCUUACUGCUCUCCUGAAACAGUUAGUGCAGAGCCAACCGGACAUGGCAACCCCGGUGACGCGCAUGUACGAUUAUCACACAAAGAAGAAAAGCCGGCCAUCCCUCAGCGACAUAUUCGAGGCUCUGCAGUCUGUCUGCUCCAACCAAACUACGGUAUAUAUUCUUGUAGAUGCGUUGGACGAAUGCGCGGACACAGAUGGUGGGCGGGGACGACUUAUCGACAAGCUCUGCGAGCUGCAAACGAAAGGAGACUUGCGGCUUAUGCUCACCUCCCGAUUCAUUCCCGAAGUAACGGAAAGAUUUCGAUCGAGCCCAAGUCUAGAGGUGCGAGCCAGCGAUUCGGACGUCAGGCAUUUUAUAGAUGGUCAUAUACCACGUCUACCGAAAUGUAUUCAACGCAACGAGGAGCUCCAGAAUCUUGUACAGGACAAGAUUGCGGGAGCCGUUGAUGGCAUGUUCCUUCUCGCGCGUCUUCAUGUCGACUCACUCCUUGAUAAAAGGAAUAAACAGAGUGUUAUGUCUACGCUAGAGAAACUGACUAAGGGUUCAGCGGCGCUCGAAAAAGCCUAUGGCGAGGCCAUCAAGCGAAUAGACGGGCAACUGGACAAUGACCGUUCGCUGGCAAGGUGUGCACUAUCUUGGAUAACAUAUGCCCAGAGACCACUUACUACUCGAGAGCUAUGCCAUGCGCUAGCUAUCGAGCCAGACGAUAAAACUCUGAACAAUGAUAGUGUUGAUGACGUGGAAGACGUUAUCUCCGUCUGCGCUGGGCUUGUUACGGUAGACGAGGAGAGCAACGUCAUCCGGCUCGUGCACUACACGACACAGGAGUACUUUGAGCGCAUACGCCUGGAAUGGAACCCUAGCGCUCAGGAAGCGAUAACGGUAGCCUGUUUAACGUAUUUAUCUUUCGACGCGUUUCGGAGCGGCAGCUGUGCUAAUGAUAGAGCUUUCGCGGAGAAGCUUACCGAGAAUGCAUUCUAUGACUACUCAGCACGUUAUUGGAGCGAGCAUAUACGGCCUGUGGAGAAGACAACUUCUAGCUUAGCGCUAGCCUUUCUCUGCGACGAAGCCUUAGUUGACGCCGCCAUCCAAGCUGUGUCUAUGUCAAACUAUAAAUACGAAGGCUAUAGUACGAGAUUCCCAAAUCAAACAACGGGCAUGCACCUUGCAGCGAGGUAUGGACUGCUUUAUUUGACAGAGAAACUCUUAGUGGGCAAAUGCGGCGACAUCGGCAUCGAAGCGGACUCGAAGGAUAGUUUCGGUCGGACGUCGCUGUCGUGGGCGGCAGCAAGAGGGCACGAGGCGGUGGUUCGGCUGCUGGUCGAACGGGACGACGAUGUCGAUCCUAAUUCUAAGGACCUGUUCGGUCGGGCCCCGUUAUCAGCAGCUGCGGUGAAUGGGUACGAGGGGGCUGUCGCGCUGCUGCUUACGAAGAAGAGCAUCGAGCCUGGAUCCCAGGAUAUGUUCGGUCGCACGCCGCUGUCGGACGCUGUCAAGAGAGGAUAUCUCCCUAUUGUAGAGCUUCUUCUUCAGAGGCUUAAGGGGCAGGGCAAUCCCGUUACCAAACAAGAACUACCUGCGGUAAGGCGCCCUACAGUGGACCCCAAAUGUCGUAUUUUCUGCUCGAUCUGUUUGGCACCCAUACCAGAUUUCGACUCUCACCACCACUGCGGAAUCUGUGAUCACGGCGAUUUCGAUAUGUGCGAAGACUGUCUUGCCAGCGGAGCUGUUUGUACUGAUCUAUCCCAUACGCUGGCUAAGCGCACGGUUAGAGAGGGUGUUCUAGUUAAUGUUACUAAUUAA